AUGAAGGCAAAUAACGAUAAAAUCAAGAAACUGCUCUACCAUUGCUUGAACGAAAAUAAAAGUCAAUUCACAGUAACGUUUUUUGGUGAGAUAGAAAAAGCAGGUAAAGAAGCUAAAGACGGGAUUGGUGAACCAACUGAUAGAACCGGCAAUAGUGAGUUUAAAGAUCGUGUAAAGCCAAUUACAUAA